GCAAAUAUUAUUUUCUGGUUGCUGUAGAGAUAAAUUUAGAAUAUUUUAAAAAAGGGAAAAGUUUAAUAUAAGGUUGAACAUUAAAUGUUAUGUUGACUGUGUAUUUGGUGUCUAUCUACUGCCGCAUUCUGCUUCCUGUUGGGUUUUUAUCAUGGCGACCACAUUGGCUGUCUAUACUGGCUUUCCAGUAAUAUCCCAGCAGUAAGAAUAGCCGCCAAGGCUAUACAUGUCUCUGAGUGACAUCACACUCACUGACAGAUAGCUAAAUAUGGGAGAAUGAACAAUCACACGCCUCAUGCUGCUUCUAUUAUUCACAUCUGGGUCUGCUAGACUGAACAUGAGGUUUCCUUGUGUAUUAGGAAACACCCCCCCCCCCCCUUCCCGGGGGCGGCAGGACUGCAUAUAAAUUCCUGGCUGGGUCAGACUCAUACACACAGCAGCUAGCUGGGAGACUCAUACUAAUACUGUACAGCUGCGUGUAUACUGCCAGAGGCUUCAACUCCUUACAGAAGUAUCUCAAAGAAGAAUGACUUCCAACGUACGCCUGCUCAUACUCGUCCUGUUUUCAUGGACUGUAUUAGCCUCUCGUCCUAAACCCUUGACCCACGUGGCUGAGAAAGAUGCCAGCUUCGGGGUGCGUUUAUUCAAGGAGAUCCUACAGGAGAACAAGAAUAAGAAUUUAGGAUUCUCUCCCUAUGGGGCAUCCACAGCUUUAAAUAUCCUACAGUACGGAACAUCCGGGAAGACUAUGGAACAACUGCGGCGCGUCCUUAACUAUGGAUAUUCAGAGCGGACCGUGUCUGCAGUACUCCGGAAACUAAGAGAGGAGAUCUGCGGCUCCCUUGCCUCCAGCGAGGACACAAAAUCUGUCCAUGUAGCAGAUGGACUUUUUGUUCAGAGGGAUCUUGAGCUGACUCCUGGUUUCCUUCAGAGGUUCUACUCUACCUUCCGACGACACGUGACCCAAGUCAACUUUACCAACCCAUCAAAAGCCAAGGACAUUUUAAACAAAUGGGUGGAGAACCAAACAGAUGGCAUGAUCCAGGACUUAUUGGGAAGUAACUCCCUUCCUCCUCUUACCCGUCUAGUCCUGCUCAGUGCUGUGCACUUUGAUGGGAAAUGGGUCCUCCCCUUUCCAGAAAAAGACACUCACGAGAGACCAUUCUACCGACCUGAUGGUUCUCAGGUGCAAGUACAAAUGAUGGAAAACACAGCCAAGUACAAUUACAGUGAGCUCGAGACCCCAGAGGGAGUAUAUUAUGAUGUCAUCGAGCUGCCAUAUGAAGGAGAUGAGAUCAGCAUGUUAAUAGCUGCUCCCUAUGAGAAAGGGGUGGCCCUGUCCACCAUCACAGACAUCCUGACUCCCAAACUCAUCACUGAAUGGAAAAACAACAUGAGGAGAUCAACACGUCUUCUUGUUUUGCCCAAGUUCUCUCUGGUGAGUGAAGUCAACCUAAAAAGCCCUCUUCAGCGUCUUGGAGUUACAGACAUGUUCUCAGCUGAAAAAGCUGACUUCAGCCGGCUGUCAACUGAAAGACCUCUCCAUGUAUCAGAAGCAUUCCAGAAGGUCAAAGUCGAGGUGACAGAGAGUGGAACAAAAGCAUCAGCUGCAACAGCGGCAAUUCUCCUGGCCAGAAUGGCCCCACUCGAGGUCAUCAUGGAUCGCCCAUUUUUGUUUAUCAUAAGGCACAAUCCAACAGGUUCAUUGCUAUUUAUGGGACAAGUCAUGGAGCCUUGAUAAGCAGCGUCAUCUAGUGGCCAUAUCCAGUACCUCGCCUCUCCCACCUUGGACAGCAGGAGUUAUCCAACUAUAAGUCCUGCUAAAAGGUGGAGCGGCUUCAGCGGACUACUAGGGAGGGUGGUGGAUGGGGGCGACACGGGUAGUAUCAAUGGGAACAAUAUGGUAUGGAAGACACAAGCAAUGCUGGAAUGUAUGGGAUGUGUGAAUGCAAGAUACAGGUUAUACUAUGAAUUAUUACAGAGUACAUUUUUAUUGACUUUCUAUUUAAUAAAUCUAUUUAUUUAUAUUUUAA